GGUUUUCUGCGCCGCGCCUGCCGCUCUAGCCUCCCUGGCUGUCACUCUUUUGUUUCCGGCUGUGUUCCGGCGGCUCUGUGCGCUUUGAUUCCUGGAGACGCGCUUUGCACGUGGAGAGGCGCGGGGGCCUGGCGACCUCGCCCCGCUCUCCACCCUCAUGUUCGAGGAGCCGGCGUGGGCCGAGGAGGCCCCAUUAGUUGCGGGCCUCGGGCCUGUAGCUUCACGGCCUCGGCCCGCGGCAGCCUCCCAAAUCAAGGGCUCCAAGCGCCGCCAGCUGUUGGCCACAUUACGGUCUCUGGAGGCAGCAUCCCUUCCUCAGCCACCCCCCAGCCUGCCUGGCAGUGAUUCAGAAGAGGAGGUGGGGGGAAAGAAGAAGAAACGCCCAAAAAAGGCCGUAUUUGCCAGGGCUUCUAUUGAAGUAGAAGAGAAAAGGAAGAAGAAUAAACAGGGCCCACCUAGCAAUGACACUGAAGAAAAGGAAGUAAAAAAGAAGAAGUGCCACAGAAGGGCUUUUCUUGUCAGUGACCCUGCUGCAGAAGAGAAAACAAAGAGGAAGUGCCAGAAUCAGGCCUUUUUGAACCCUUCCCAGCACCUGGACAAUGUUGACCAAAAAGGUACUAGUGGAGAUCCCAAAACUUGGAAGAUUUGUGCUACAGAUGACCCACCCAAGCCAAGCUCUGGGGCCACUUCCUCCCAACCCCCCCAUACCUUGAGUCGCAAGCAGUGGAGAAACCGGCAGAAGAACAAACGUAGACACAAGAACAAGUUUCGGCCACCUCAGCAGCCAGACCAAGCUCCAGACACAACCCCCACAGAGGAUACAGAGGUGCCUCCUGCCCCCAGUCCAGAAAACCAUGAGGCUCGGGCGGGGGCUCUGAGAGCCCGCAUGGCACAGCGACUGGAUGGUGCUCGAUUUCGCUACCUCAAUGAACAGCUGUAUUCAGAGCCCAGCAGUGCUGCACAGCGCCUCUUCCAGGAAGACCCUGAAGCCUUUCUCCUUUACCACCGAGGCUUCCAGAGCCAAGUUAAGAAGUGGCCACUGCAGCCUGUGGACCGCAUCGCCAGGGAUCUUCGCCAGCGGCCUGCGUCUCUGGUGGUAGCUGACUUUGGCUGUGGGGACUGCCGCCUGGCUUCAAGUAUCCGGAACCCUGUUCACUGCUUUGACUUGGCCUCUCUGGACCCCAGGGUCACUGUGUGUGACAUGGCUCAGGUGCCCCUGGAGGACGAGUCUGUGGAUGUGGCUGUGUUCUGCCUUUCACUGAUGGGAACCAACAUCAGAGACUUCCUGGAGGAGGCAAAUCGAGUGUUAAAGCCAAAGGGUCUCCUGAAAGUGGCCGAGGUCAGCAGCCGCUUUGAAGAUGUUCGGACCUUUCUGGGAGCUGUGGCCAAACUGGGCUUCAAAGUCAUCUCCAAGGACUUGACCAACAGCCACUUCUUCUUGUUUGAUUUUGAAAAGACCGGGCCGCCUCGGGUAGGGCCCAAGGCUCAACUCUCAGGCCUGAAGCUUCAGCCAUGUCUCUAUAAGCGCAGGUGAUCUCUGGACCAGCCCCCUUGAAAGUGGAGGCAAGUCUCGAACUCCAGGCUUAGAACUCUGAAGACUGUAUCCAGCCAGGCUGGGACCCAGGACCUGGUGCCACUCUUCCUUAAUCCAGGAACAAAGUGUGAUGAAACUCCUGGCUCAGCCCUGCUCUAAUGAAGGCUUCUUGGUUGCAAGAAGCCUAAAAUUACUCAGGCUAGCCAAAGAAUAAGGAGUGUAUUCAGAGAACACAGAGAUAUUUGGGAAUUACGGAUCCCCUAGGAGUCAUGGAAGUAGAUGGUUGAGAAUUCAAGGCAUCUCUGGAUUUGACUCCCUUUUCCAUCUCUCAGGAGCCACGUGGGCUUUCUGUUGUCGCAUCUCCAUGCUUCUUUCUUCUGCUUGUCUGUCUGCAGACCAGCUCCCUGUGCUUUACCCAUAGCUUCUGCUCCUUCAGCUUUGGUCUGCUUGGGCUUUCAAGGCCUCAAGCAGGCAGGUGUUACUUCUUGGCUUUGGGACAACGGGUAGUCCAAGAACAUCCUGGCUCAACACAUGAAUCUGGGCUUUUGGGUCAGGACUGUUCGAUUGUCCCUGUGCUAAACACUUCUUUCCCCUCUAUUCACAUCGCCAUCUUCGGAGCCACAUAGUGCCAACUACUCCUUAGCACCUAUUGUCCUGUGGGUCCCAGGUGUGUGUAUCUUGCUGAGAGCACAGAUUUUGGAAUCAGGUAGGCCUCGGUUCAAAUCCUGGCCUUCCACUUAUUGCUGAGAGUCAUUUCAUCUCUGAGCGUCACAGUCCUCAUUUGGAAAACGGUAGGAGUAGAAUUCCUGUCUAAUGGGAUUGUUGUGUGGGCCAGUUGAGGAAAUCUGCAGCUGGGGCAGGGUAUCGAGGAGGUGCUCAAUAAAGGGGAGCUUUGGCUAUUAUUUGUUGUAACCCUCAUUGUUCUCUGAAGACCUUCCGUAGGCUAAGUUGGAGGUCGAGGGGUAAAGAAUGGAUUUGUUGACUGAGGAAGGUUUGGGGAGAGCUCAAUAUAGGCAUCUCAGCAGGCUUGUUUAGUAGGAUAGUUAGAGAUUCUUGAUAGUUGCUGAGCUGUCUUUGGAGAGGGGUGGUGAGGGAUUUGGGUUGCUUCAUAAAUAACAAUCAGUUAAUGCCGUGUUGGGUGGGGGGUUGAGCUGUUCAUCAGUAGAAGAGUCUCGUUUCUGCCUGGUCGUGGGCCUAGAUCAGCGUGUAAUAGGAAAGCUAUAGGCAAGGAAGGCUAGUGCUGGGAGACGAGGAACUGGGUUGACAGAUCUUUGGCCUCUCCUAAAACAAAUCUGCCAUGGGCUCAGGUAUAAAGAUACCACCUCUUUUACUUAUUUCCAAGAACAAGAACUGAGCGUGACCACUGGGACACAGUUUGCAGGGCUCUGAGACUGUUGAAUGCCCCCAGAAGGGCAUGGAGGUUUUGAGGCAGGCUAUCGGCCAAAGGCAUGUGUGGAAGCUGGCCUGGGAACCAGUCAGCAGACAUGGGACAGGGCCUUUGCCUGUGCUCUUCUCUCAGCUGAGUACUCUGACUGGCAAAGUCUUACUCGUGCUUCUAAACAGUCUAGUUGUUUCCUACUCCAUCACUCCCAAAGCAGAAUGAAUGUCUUCACCUGAGCUGUCAGAGCACUACCUAAAGAGGGUAGUUUUGUGCAAUUUGUGUGUUUAAAUGCUGUGUUGUGAUUGCUUUGUGCAUUAGGCUGCAGUCUUCUCAAGUCACAUUGAUCUUUGUAUUCGCAGAGCUCGUCAUUUGAGUUCACAUAAGCAGGAGAUAAGGAAUGACAGGGUCCAGUUGAGUGGGACUGAUGGGAACAGGGGUGUUGCAGGAAUCCAGCUUUGGCGCACAAGAUGAGAGCCCUGUGGACCACUGACCAUGGAAAGAGUAGGCAGGUGGGAGAACAGCAGGUAGACUGGUAGAUGUUGAAGGCUGGUGACAGAAAUGAAUCUGAGGUAAGUCUCUGGUUUCUGUCUUGAGCAACUAGUGGGCAGGUGAUGCCAUUCAAAAUGUUGGGUUUUAAGUACUUUUAGUUGCUCAUUUGGAAGUGGGACAUAGAAGUCUCAGGAGAGGUCUGCGCUAGGGAUUUGGGAAUCAGCAUCCUAGAGGUAGUAAUUAAAGUCAUAGGAAUAGAUAAGAUAUCCAGAGUAAGAUAAUGAGAGGAGAAAGUGACUCAGAACAGAACUCUGAGGAGCAGAGUUCCUUUAGUGCAGUGGGUCUCAACCUUUCUAAUGCCGUGACCCCUUAAUACAGUUCCUCAUGUUGUGGUGACCCCCAACCAUAAA